GCUCGAAGUAAACCAAGGAAGAAUUGUGAGCUCAGCAUCUGGAACACAAUGUCUAAACUCUUGGUAUUCCUCGCCUGCUGCAGCGCCUUCAUGGUGCUUGGUGCAUCAGCAAAGAAUGUUGUUUGUUAUUUUGCCAGCUGGACCAUCUACAGACCAGAUAACGGAAAAUACACAGCCCUUGACAUCGACACAAAUCUCUGUACUCAUAUCUUGUACGCUUUCGUCGGUCUUCGAGAUGAUGGAUAUGUGUCAGUUCUCGACGACUGGGAGAUAUCUGGAUUACAUGAAAUGGAGCACUUGAUGAGUCUUAAAGAACAAAAUCCUGACUUGAAAAUCAUACUUAGUAUGGGAGGAUGGAACGAAGGGUCUUACAAAUAUUCAACAGUAGCGAAGAACCCAGCGACAAGAGCUGUGAUGGUAGAACAAGUACUAGCCUUCAUCGACCAAUAUGGCUUCGACGGAUUCGACUUGGAUUGGGAGUACCCUUGCCAGCGAGGUGGUGAAGACGCAGACAAGGCUAACUUUGUAACUCUCCUUGGAGAACUAAAAGAAGCUCUAAACGCCAAAGGUAUGACUCUUUCAGCUGCUGUUUCGGGAGGUAUCGCCUCCUGCGAACUCUCAUACGAUAUUCCUGGAGUCGCAGCGAACCUUGAUAUGAUCAACGUCAUGGUAUACGAUUUCCAUGGUGCCUUUGAACCCUUCGUUGGUCAUUACGCUCCUCUGUAUGCCUCAUCUCUUGACGUAACUGACGAACAGAAAACUUUGAACGUGGCUGCCGGAAUCGAAUACUGGUUGGAUCAAGGUGCACCAGCAGGGAAAAUUAAUAUGGGUCUUGGAACUUAUGGACGUGGUUUCACUUUGGCUGAUCCUACAAAUACUUCACUGUAUGCUGGUACUUAUGGUGGAAGUGAAGCUGGUCCAUACACGCGUGCUAUGGGUACAAUUGGAUACAACGAAGUUUGUGAAUUGUACAGCGACUGGGAGUACUUCUGGGAUGAUGAACAACAAGUUCCACAUAUCAUAAAUGGUAACCAAUGGAUUGGUUAUGAUGACGCAAAAUCUAUUCAAGCAAAGGUCGAAUAUGCCAAUUCUAAGGGACUGGCUGGUGUUAUGGUCUGGUCUUUGGAUACUGACGAUUUCCGUGGAUUGUGUGGAGGAGGAAAAUACCCAAUAUUGAACACCAUCAAACAAUACUUGUAAAUGUAGGGAGUUGUUGAUUCUAUCUGUAUAAAAUUUUCGAACAUAAAUCCAAGAAUAAAUAAAUAAAACGUU